UAGCUGCUUGGAAAAUUCUAGAAAGUCGAAGAAAUAGAGAACUCCAGGUCGUCUUGCACGAGUAGAACCGUCUCCGCACACUAUAAAAAUCCCUCCAAAGAAUCUUGCUUGCUAUUUUCACGUUUUCUUUGCUGGUUUUUGGGGUGAUCCUCUCUCUUCAGGUACCCUAUUCAGUUGACUUAUUAUAAAGUCCUGCUAUACUAUUGAUCACCAAUUUUCUCAUUGGAGUAUCUGGAGAUGGCUGAGGAAGGUUACAAAGUUUCUUUGAAUGUCUAUGACUUAAGCCAAGGUCUGGCCAGGCAACUCUCUACAACAUUUUUGGGGAAGGCUAUUGAAGGAAUAUGGCAUACAGGAAUAGUGGUUUAUGGUAAUGAAUACUAUUUUGGUGGUGGCAUACAAAGUGCUCCAGUUGGAACCACACCUUAUGGGACUCCAAUUCGAGUUGUAGAUCUUGGUGUUACACAUGUGCCUAAGGAUGUAUUUGAAAUGUAUUUACAGGAGAUUGGUCCCCGCUUCACAGCUGAAACAUAUAGUUUACUGACACAUAAUUGCAACAAUUUUAGUAAUGAGGUAGCCCAGUUCCUGGUUGGUGCUCCAGUAGUACCAGAGUACAUCUUGAAUCUGCCUAAUGAAGUUCUGAGCAGUCCCAUGGGCGCUCUCAUGUUGCCCAUGAUACAACAACUAGAAUCGACUUUAAGAGCAGGUGCAGUUCCCCAGGCACCCCAGUUCAGGCCCUCUGCAGUUGCUUCAUCUAUCCAGACAGGCAAUACUACUAAUAAAUCGGCUAGUGCUACUAAUGCUCAAUCCACAAAGACGAAGAAUGAAGAUGCUGAUAGAAAAUCAGAAACAGAGUCACGGGGACAUGGAGAGCAACAAACACAGAAAAAAACUGGUUCUCCUUGCGACUUACUAGAAAAGCCAUCUGACAAAGCUGUUGCCAAGGAUCCCCUAGGAGAUGCACGAAGCAAAGUUCAACAGGAAAUUAGCAGUGAGUUUGCUGCUAUCAUGGCCACAGGGACACUGCGUGCUAGCGAAGCUGCUGCAUUGGCGACCAGGAGAGUGAUGCAAAGAUAUGGACAUAUGAGUACAGCACAGAGCUAGAAUUAGGUUAAGCUUCACUGCCAGAAGGCUGAUUAAAACAUUGUAUUAGUCUGGAAUACUGAAACUUAAAAUUCUUUCUAAGGGAACAAGAUUUGUACUGGGUGUUUACGUCAUUAGGUGAGCGGACCGACCUCAGCUGCUCCACCAUUCAUUGUGCCUCUACGUGAAGAUUCCCACAGGGGGUGAGUUGUGAUUCCAUCGUUGUUGAACUUCUAUUUGAAUAUAUCUAUCAUUGUUGUACUCUAAUACUCAAACCAUAAACUUUGCUGCUAAUCAGUUGGAUGGUAUCAAUAUGUUUUCAAUUGUGGGAGGGCAACCAUUCAA